GUCAAAUGAAAUGUAUGUAACAUUAUGUCAGUGUACAAAAUUAUUACCAAUGAGAAAUCUCAAUAAAAAUAUCAAUUUUUAUAAGCUUAUUAGAUAAAAAUGAAUCGUCUAAAAUGUCUAUCAUCGAAUUUGUCAUUUACAAGAAAUCACACUGUUUGUGCUCCAUGUAGUAAUCCGAUGCAUUUAAUAUGCUUUAAGCAAUGGACACCGGAAAUGGUGGAGGAUAUUAUAUCUAGCGCAAUCAAUCUGAAGUUUUCUGUUUGGGAUACACAUGUCAAACAAUUGAACGUUUUGAAAAAUGCCAAAGUGAUGUUACUGCAAGAGAUUAAUGAGCCAACCCUUAAUUUAGCUGUGUCAAAAGCCGCCUCUCUUAUGGGCGCAACUGAUGUCUCUAUAAAGGACAAUUUAGUAUGGGAAUACGAUUAUCUGGGCAGAGUGUUCUCUAUGAUGUGUGACAUAAUAUUUGUGUCGACUUCGACACAUGGAUGCGUUGGACGUUUUGCUGAGCAAUCGUCAGUGCCCGUAAUGUGUGUCAGAUCGCGAGCCCACGCCAGCCUGCAAGCACUGGCUACCAUCAUGACUAUCAUAGAAGAAUACGGCACAAUGAAUCGUGUUGAUAUCGCGUAUAUUGGGAAGCCCCAUCCCGUACUUAACUCUUAUCUUCUGCUAUGUCCGAUGCUAGGGGCCAACUUGAAGUUCAAAUGUUGCUGCGAUAAAUGUCCUGUGAGUCCACUCCUGUACAAAGCAAGUGAAGAUAUGACAAAGAAAAGUCACACAAUAAUCAAGCAAUGUAAACUUAAAGAUGAUGUGUUACACCAAUCUUGUGUUUUUAUCGCCGGUCCUGCUACUAGCAAGAAAGAUAAAAUAAAGGAGUUCAAAUUUUGUGUUGAGGAUAUAAAGAGAUGUAAUAAUGUAAAUAAAUGGAUAUUCUUUCACACGUUACCCCGAGGUGCGGAGAUAGAUGAUCAGUUAUUUAUGCAUAUAAAUUCAAGGACUUUUAAAGCAUUUAACAAUAUGCAAUAUAUUGCCGCAGCGUUGAUGGCUAAAGCUGUACAAGGCCAUGUGUUUUAAAUAAAUGAGUUAAAAUUUAA